AUGACGAUGAUGGUGAUGAUGAGAGACUCAUCAACCAUGGGUGCUGUGGGUUUUGAUAGAGUGAGCAAGGUAGUUCUUAUGCAAGAUUUUGCAAGUGACAACAUCUUUCUCUUUGAGCUUGUUCCUUCUCCUGACCGCCAUACUCUUUUCUUCUCCGGCGAGAUUGGAAUCAACUUGAUUGAUCGAUUCGAUGCCUCCAAGUUCCCGACUCGAUUCGGUGGUCAGAUCCGUGGGUUUAGCUCCAAAGGUUACAUCGAUGGGAAGAAUGAGUGUCGGCUUCACGAUUGUUUGAAGUAUUGCAUUGUCGCUGGAAAAAAGGCUCUUGAGAUUGCAAAUCUCCGCGGUGACAAGCUUCACACGUUCUCGCUAGCGCGCAGAACGAAGCUUCGGAAGUUUGGCCGCGCGCGGAGGAGUUCCCGACGUCCAAAAGUUACGAUCUUGAUAUGGAAAGAUAGAUACUUGAGUCAUGCAUCACGUCGAAGUGGAAUGAAGCCAUUUGGAUCAACUAUGAGGCCUAGACUUAUUUUCUACCGAGACAUGUCCGGUCCAAAACCAUCCAUAUUGCGAGCUAGCUACAAACCAAUCUCACAAGGUGUUAAGCGAGAACACUUCCUCCUCGUGUUCGACCCCGACUACAACACGGCUGUGCACUUGCAGCUCAUUAGUUGGGCGGAGAAGGCGCGCCAAAUAGGCACACAACCGCCCGACCAAGAGAGGAGAGCCAAUGACCCUCCUAUACAACCAGAAGUUGGAGCUGAUCAGCCAGCACCAGCCGGAGCAGUGCCUCAACCCGAUCCGAACGCUCCCGGUGUAGCCGAGCAGCCGCAGCCGCCUCCUAACCAACCACAAUCGCCUCCGGUGUUCCAAAACAAUGGACUCCUGAUGUUGAGUCAGGUUUUACCAAACUCUUAG